CGUAUCUGGAGCCGCUAAGAUCCCGCUGAUAUACAGAGCUAACAUCUAGAAUAGACAAUCGGGUGCUGCCCUCUUCGCAACGCACAGCCUUUGCUUGCAGAGAGAUCAGAAGUGUCUACCCCGUAACAUCCUGUCGCACGGUAACCUGACCUUUUGAGCAAACAUGGCGGCAGCAGCGGUUCAGAAGGAUGAUCUCUUUAUCCCUCUCAUAGACUUCUCCCAGUUCCUGCACGGCAAUGCCGACGCGAAGAGUGCUACAGCAAAGGAGAUCCUAUCUGGUUUCCAAAAGGCCGGAUUCAUCUACCUCAGGAACCACGGGAUCCCGAAGGAAACGGUCAAGACCGUGUUCGAAGAGUCUGCGCAGUGGUUCGCAAGGCCACAGGAGCAGAAAGACGCGCUUGCGUGGUACAGCCCGAAGGCAAACCGAGGAUACACUGCUCAUGGACGGGAGAAGGUCACGAACCUGACUGAACAAGGCGAUGUAGAAGCGCUGAGGGCUGCUGUUCCCGACCUCAAAGAGAGCUUGGAGAUCGGCCGGGAGGGCGAACCCGAUUGUCCCAAUAUGUGGGCCGACGACGAGGCAGGUAAACGCUUCAAAGCAACGAUGCUGUCCUUCUUCGACACGUGCAAAAACCUCCACAUCGAACUAAUGCGUGCCAUCGCGGUGGGCUUGGGCAUAGACGAGUCCUGGUUCGAUGGGUACACGGAUCGCGGCGAUAACACCCUCAGGCUUCUGCAUUAUCCACCCGUCAAGAAAGCCGUCUUCGACGCGAACAAAUCUCAGGUUCGUGCUGGAGCACAUACAGACUACGGCUCUGUCACGCUGCUGUUUCAAGACUCUCGUGGCGGUCUACAAGUCGAGAGUCCCAACGGAAAUUUCAUCGAUGCUACGCCUAUCGAAGGUACGAUUGUGAUCAACGCUGGCGAUUUGCUGGCUCGAUGGAGCAACGACACCAUCAGAAGUACAACGCAUAGAGUCGUCGAGCCCCCACAUCCGCCAAGUGAAGGUGCAGACGGAGAGUACCCUUCUCGGUACUCGAUUGCUUACUUCUGCAACCCUAACUUUGAUAGAAUGAUUGAAGUUAUCCCUUCAACAUGUGCACAGGGGGAGAAACCCAAGUAUGAACCGGUCAGAAGCGGCGAAUAUCUGGUGAGAAGAUUGACAGCGACAUAUUGAAACAAUUGGUGCAUAAGCAAGAUACCUUUGAAAACUUAAGGGGUUGGAAAGAGUAUCGACAAAAAUGAAUUAUCGCUCGUUUGAGAGCGUUCGUAGAAUAAAAUGAGUUCA